UGGUCGGUGCGCACGGCUGUCUGCACUCGAAGGCUUUCUUCCGCCAACAGAGCCUCAUUCCAUCUCUCUCUGAAACCCCAAAAAUCACAACAAUCAUAUUGUCCGAUUCGUGUCCCUGCACACACAGGAUCCAAGCACUUCCUCUAUCUGGAGUUGCUGCUCGGAUCGGGUCAUUUGGUCCGCCGAUUCGAGAAGAUUAGAGGUUUCUUCCCGAUCCAGUUCGGAGGAAUUAGGGUUUCGAUUCGAUCUGGGCUCAGAAAUCCUAAUUCCUCAUCGUCCGGAGGUUCAACCCCGUGAAUUUCUUCUUUCUAGGGUUUGUGGAUCGAUUCAGAACGCCGUUUCCUUGUAAUCCAGAUUGGAAUAUCGAAGUAGUUAGGGUUUCUGAUGGAUUCAAGCAGAAGAGCUGUGGAAUCUUACUGGAGAUCUCGGAUGAUUGAUGGUGUGACAUCAGAUGAGGACAAGGUCGCUCCUGUUUACAAAUUAGAGGAGGUUUGCGACCUUCUGCGAUCUUCGCAUGUCAGCAUCGUGAAAGAAGUUUCCGAGUUUAUCUUCAAACGGCUUGAUCAUAAAAGUCCGAUGGUCAAGCAAAAGGCUUUACGGCUGAUCAAAUACUCGGUAGGGAAGUCUGGUGUGGAAUUCAAGAGGGAAAUGCAGCGGCAUUCGGCGGCGAUACGUCAGUUGUUUCAUUAUAAGGGCCAGUUGGAUCCGUUGAAAGGAGAUGCCCUCAAUAAGGCUGUCCGUGACACUGCACAUGAGGCAAUCUCAGCAAUAUUUGCUUCUGACGACAACAAGCCAGCCGCCCCAACAGAAGAUAUCAACAGGAGAAUUCAAGGUUUUGGGAAUACGAAUUUUGAUAUGCAGACAGAAGAUAAGAAGUCAUUUCUCAGUGAGGUAGUGGGUCUUGGAAGUGCUUCGAUCAGACAAGGAUUGAGUACUAUCACUUCAGCUCAUUCACUGAGGAAAAAUGACAAUGGGAGUUACAGGAGCCCGAAUCUGAGAAAGUCGCUGACAAUAGAAACUGAUAGUCCAGAUAGACACGAGAGAGAAGAACCCGCUAGGGGAAGUUGGGGUGCUGCUGGGGGCUCUAAGAAUGUGGCUGCUGGACCUUGGACUCAGGAUUCAGGAGUUAGCAUGCCGGAAACUACUAGUGGGGACACUGGUCCAAGUCAUACAGGCGGAAAGAGUCGUGAGGAGAGGCUCUUGGAGACCAUUGUUACCUCUGGUGGUAUGCGUUUGCAACCCACUCGUGAUGCUCUUCAGGUUUUCCUUGCCGAAGUGUCAAGAAUGGAUCCUCUCGCUUUGAGUCACGCACUUGAGUCAAAGCUUCAAUCCCCUUUGUGGCAGGUCCGCAUGAAAGCUGUGUGUGUUCUUGAGUCAAUUUUGAGGAAGAAGGAUGAUGCACCUUUUGAUACCAUAGCAUCUUAUUUUAAUGAAAGCAGAGAUUCCGUAGUCAAAUGUUCCGAGUCACCCCAGGGUUCUCUGAGGGAAAAGGCAAACAAGGUCUUAGGCCUUUUGGAUGGAGAGCAUAACACUGGGUCAAGUUUCGUGGGAAAACCAUCUACUGUCAAAGCCGAGGUUGUUACUGUUCAGAUGCCAGACUUGAUAGACACGGGCGAUCUAGAUGACUAUGGAACAGAAGAUUCCACCCAAAAGCAAAUCGAUCCGAGUGUUGCAAAUGUAACAACAUCAGCAGCCCCUGUAGUUCACGAUCUACUUGGGGACAGCUUGAUCCCUGGUUUAAGCACCAGUGAAAAUGAGAAUGAGGACCCAUUUGCCGAUGUAUCAUUUCACACAAAUGGCGAUAGAGAACGUGUUGAUGACCUUUUCUCAGGAUUGACUGUUGAUGAUAAACAGAGUGCUAAUGAGCUUAAUGCACCAAUGAACAAAGUUGGGGCUGAAGUUUUUGAUAUUUUCAGUUCCAAUUCUCAACAGCUUCCACAGGACUCAUCAAUGCAUAAAAAAGAUGUGAAUGAUUUGAUGGAUGGCUUGUCUAUCAAUGCAUUCGCCUCAGAGCAAAACCAACAAGGAGCCUUUGGCAGCGGCACCAGUUCUGAUCCCACUUUUGUAGAUCCAGGCAGUCAGCCAAGCCAUCCCGUCUUAAAUAAGGCUUUGAAUGAUUUGCUUGGCUCUCAAUCUGUUGGUGUGAGCCUGUCACACUCGCAGCUGGGCUCAUCGUUCCCUACUGUUCCCAUGCAAUACAAUAUUCCUCCUAAUUUCAUGUACAAUCCAGCUUUUGCUUCCCAGCCAAUAAACUACAGUGCAAUGGGCAAUUUGUAUGCUCAGCAGCAACUGCUGGCUGCCAUGUCAAACUUCCAGCACCUUGGAAAUCUCAGUACUCAAGUAAACAUUGGACUUGGACAAGCUACAGGGAACGGUAUGGAAGGAGGAUAUACUUCAGCCCUCCCCGACGUUUUCCACCCAACAAACAAUCAAAUCCAAAGUCACAGUGUAACAACGAACAGCUCAAAGAAAGAGGAGACGAAGGCCUUCGAUUUUAUCUCGGAUCAUAUUUCAGCAGCUCGUGAUCCGAAGAAAGUGAUUUGAAAGCUUUACCAAUAGAAGUACUUGAGUGCUUGAUUGUCGAGGCCAUAGCAGUAGUUGCAUGUCAGGGCGAGCUGAUUAAAGAAGGUUUCUGUUGCUCUGGAACUGCAAAAAUAUUCUUUUGCAAUAAUCGAACUCUUUAUGCCCUGAAAUGAAUACCAUGAGGUUGGAGCUUACACUUUCUUUUGUGAUUAUUUUUCUUUUUCUUUUCUUGUUGUGUUGCAUUGUCCAUUAGAUAGAGGCAGAAUGCAUGAACAGAAAAUACAAAAAGGAAAAAGAAAAGGCCACAGUAUGAAAUGGUGGGUGUUGUAUCAUAAGAUGGAAGAAGGUUAAGUCU